AAAAUGUCAGAUAUUGAGGAGUUCAAAAAAUUUUCAAAACAAAUGAUUGAUUAUGUAGCGAAUUAUUUCGUUACAAUAGAAAACAGAAAUGUUCUUCCGAAAGUUCAACCAGGCUAUCUAACAUCUCUUAUACCGUCAAAAGCUCCUAUUGAGGCAGAGAAAUGGGAAACUAUUAUGGAAGACAUUGAAAAAGUUAUAAUGCCUGGUGUUACUCAUUGGAGGCAUCCUCAUUUUCAUGCAUUUUAUCCUACAGCAAACAGUUUUCCUUCAUUAGUAGCUGAUAUUUUAGUUAACGCCUUAUCGGCUCCAGGAUUUUCGUGGAUGUCUAUGCCUGUCUCUACUGAGUUAGAGAUGAUAAUGAUGAAUUGGAUUGCGGAUCUUAUAGGGUUGCCUGAGCAAUUUAAAUUUUCAGCAAACAGCUCAGGAGGUGGUGUCAUUCAAGGAUUUGCAAGUGACGCUACUUAUUUCACACUUUUGCUUGCUCGCACCAGAAUAACAGGAAAUAAUUCAGGUGAAAACAUUUUAUCAAAACUGGUCAUGUAUACUUCAGAUCAGGCUAAUUCUUCAGUAAUAAAAGCUGCUUUGUUAGCUGGAGUAAAACUUCAUUACGUAGAUACAGAUGAAAUGUUUACGCUGAAUGGAGAAAGUUUAGAAAAAGUUGUUAAACAAGAUAGAGAAAAUGGACUUAUUCCAUUCUAUCUUUGCGCAACUCUUGGCACAACAGCGUCAUGUGCUUUUGAUAACCUUCAAAAAUUAGGACCAAUAUGCAAUAAAGAAAAAAUUUGGUUGCACGUAGAUGCAGCUUAUGCUGGUAGUUCAUUUGUAUGCGAGGAGAACCGUCAUUUUAUGGCCGGUGUCGAACUUGCGGACUCAUUUAAUUUUAACUUACAUAAAUGGAUGCUUGUAAACAUGGAUUGCUCUGCAUUAUGGAUGAAAGACAAAAAUGAAGUGAAUAAUGCUUUCAAUGUCGAUCCUGUUUAUUUGAAAGUACUUAGCGGAAAUGAAAUGCCCCAAUAUCGACAAUGGCAGAUUCCAUUAGGUCGUCGUUUUCGGUCUCUCAAAGUAUGGUUUACACUUCGUCUUUAUGGCCAAAAUGGAAUACAAAAUUAUAUUCGAAACCACCAGUAUCUUGCGCGCGAAUUCGAAAAAAUGGUUCUAGCAGAUGAUAGGUUUGAGAUUUGCUAUCCAGUAACAAUGGGUUUGGUGUGCUUUCGCAUGAAAGGAAACAACGAACUAAACGAAAAGUUAAAUAUCUCAAUCAGUGCGGAAGGUUCAAUAUAUAUUAUUCCAGCUAAACUUGGAGACAAAUACAUUUUAAGAUUUGUCAUAACCUUUGAAAACACAAAUAUAGAGCAUUUAACAUUUGCAUGGGAUAAUAUUAAAAAGCACGCCCAGCUGAUACAAACUUAAGGUAAAAAUGAACUCUUUGUGACGUUUUUUUUUUAUAUAGUAAAGAACUGACUUUAAGUACAUAAUAUUAAAUUGUGACUUCUGUAAAAUACACGUUCGUCUCUUAAA